AUGUCAGAUUCUAACACAACCGACUUCACCAACCCCUCUACCUUCAUCCUGCUGGGCAUUCCUGGCCUGGAGGCAGCCCAUGUCUGGAUCUCCAUCCCCUUCUGUGCCAUAUACAUCAUAGCCAUCUUGGCGAACUUUACCAUCCUUUUCAUUGUGAAGAUGGACCUGAGCCUCCAUGAGCCCAUGUACUAUUUCCUCUGCAUGCUGGCCGUUGCCGACCUGGGCCUGUCAACAUCCACCCUGCCAAAAAUGCUGAGCAUUUUCUGGUUCAAUUCCAGGGAGAUCGAUUUCAGUGCCUGCCUCACCCAAAUGUAUUUCAUUCACUUCAUCUCAGUGAUGGAGUCUGGGAUCUUCGUGGCCAUGGCUUUGGAUCGCUACAUGGCCAUCUGCAAUCCCCUGAGACAUUCCAGCAUCCUGACAAGCCCCAUGGUGGCCAAGAUUGGCCUGGCGGUGGUGCUGCGUGGCGGCAUGCUCGUACUGCCCUAUCCCUUCCUGGUGAGGCGCUGGCCAUAUUGCAGAACUAACAUCAUCCCCCACACGUACUGUGAGCAUAUGGCUGUGGUAAAUCUGGCCUGCGCUGACAUCCGUGUCAGUAGUUACUACGGCCUCUUUCUGGCAUUCUUUCUAUCCAGUCUGGAUGUAUUUUUUCUUGCCUUGUCCUAUACCCAGAUCCUCAGGGCCAUCUUUAGCCUCCCCACAAAGGACGCCCGGCUCAAGACUUUUGGGACCUGUGGCUCCCACAUCUGUGUCAUUUUAGCCUCUUACAUCCCAGCUCUCUUCUCCUUCCUCACUCACCGGUUUGGCCACAAUGUGCCCCUGCAUUUCCACAUUCUCAUUGCCAACAUGUACCUUCUGGUGCCCCCCAUGCUAAACCCCAUCAUCUACGGGGUGAGGACCAAACAGAUCCGGGACAGGCUGCUCCGCCUCUUUGCUCAUAAAGGGACCUAA